AUGCCGCAAAAACGAAUCAACUUGGCAGGAAAGUGGACCCUUGGUUGCUUGUGUCCGCCCAUGGGGAAAUGCUGCAUGGGUCUUCAAAGGACGGCUGGAGCUGUGGCAGAUACCCCUUUGUGUCAAGUGCAAUUCGCGGGCAACAACCAGCGGGUCUUUGCGUAUCAGAUUUUGACUGUUGCCGCAGAAGCCCUAUGCGAAUACCCCGACGCUCGGGUGCGAAGCUUGAAAGAUCUGGAGGAAGUGCAACAGCUGCGGCUGAUCAUAGGUGGCCCAGCCAAAAGUGGUGACAGCGACCCGGACAGCGUGGGGCUCAUUGACUGGCAGCUUGCCAUUUAUAGCGGCGCUGGUGGCGCCGAUGCUGCACUGAACUUCAUCCACUAUAUCUUGGACUACAAGGUCAGGAAAGGCUAUGUUACCAAUAUACCUGAGCUGGCUGCACGCAUGAUGUUUCCGCAAGCAGCAGCUGCAUUGCCAGCCCCCUGGCAAGAAUUGACGGACAGAAGCAUCGUUAUGCCCAAGCCAUUUGCGGCUUUGCCACCCAAAGGACGUCGUCAUGUCGUUGCGCAAUUGGAUCCAAAGGAAAUGGAUCAAAGAGUGGAAGGAAGUGAUGGCACAGGAUCUGCCACCUAUCAACUCACCUUCUUUGGGGGUAUCUUUCACUUCAAAGAGCGCUUUGAAAACCUUCGUGUGCCCGGUACAUUGUUGCCUACCAGCAACCCCGACAAGCGCGAUUACGUCCGCUAUGUGGAAAUCAGUUUGGCAAAUUCAGCUUCAGAACAGCGUGUGCUAGCAGUGCUCAAUUCUGUACUCAUGGGGCUGCCGGUCUACUUUGUCAACGGUGUUGCAAGCGAUGAUCCCAUGGCAUUGUGGCUAUUGCAGCAGCCAUCGGUCAUGGAAGGUGAAACACAGAGCGCAGCUGCCCCUACCACAGCCGAAGAACUGAGCCGAUUGGCCACUGCUGACCGGAUCCUUUGGAUAGUACACCGCUACCUGAAGCGGCACCAAGCACGCUUGUCCACCAAGUUCAAAUAUGACUUCCUUGGACAAGACGUUGUAGAAAACGUGUUGCCGGACCCGCAUGCAUUUCGAUCCAAGAGGUCAUGGGAAGCCGCUAUGCACUAUGCCCGUAUCGCGCUACGAGAGAUGGCUGUCGGCUUUGACAGUGCCAGUAGCCUUGAGGCUGACCAUGAAGGGCGCAGCCUCGGCUCAACAACGCAAUAUUGCUUUUGGCUUUGCAGCGCUGCAAACAUGGCAAGUGGCUUCAAAGAAGAAUUGCGGCAGGAAGAGCACUGGCAUCAACUGGUCAUCGAGGCACUCGCAAAACACGCCGCGUGGCCCGCGCUGUUGGCGGAUACAAUGAAAAAGAGCGGUCAGUCACGCCACGGCCUCCUUUUUUGUGCGGUUGACGCCGGUGAUUGUGCCUCAGUGCGCCUGCGGAUCCCAGUGGCCACCCAGCCGCUCAUUGCCCCCCUCUGUGCCGCGGCCCGCCGUUCUGACAACAGCAAGCAUUGUGAGAAAGCGCUCAAAGACCAUUUGCCAGGGCACACGGGUUUGGCGUUUCAAUUUUUUCCAGCCACUUUGUGGAAAACAAUUGCGGAACCCCAACUGCAUAUGAAAGUGAAUAGGGCGAAUCUGAAGGCCGGCAACAUACUUCUAUUGGUAGCCUGGCUCAUGCUGCCGCCGAAUCAAACACGUCGCUUUGGGAACGACGUCUUCGUGGAGCUGGCUUUUUAUGAAGAAGGCGCGCAAUUGCCACGCGCUCUAGUCAACAAUAUGACACUUGAUCUCAAAAUGGAAUUGGGAUACCGUCUCAGCGAAGCACAGAACACCGGUGAUCAACUUGCAUCCAUGCUGAGGGUGGUUGGCCUGGACCAUGAGUUUUUGUGUGAUGUCCCAGCAUACCGACAGCUCUAUACCAUGUGUAGCAACCACCUGCAGACCAUGUUCGCAGCCGCGCCCCUGCUUGCGCCAGUGUGGGUGAACGAACAAGGGCCUGCAAGGCGCUUGGAGGAACAUUCGGCAACUGAUAAAAUUCUGGCAUCGCUCAUUGCCUUCUUCGACGAACAUCGCCAUGUGAUCCACACCCUGCAAGAAUUCAUGGGGCAUAACAGGGUUACAGCUGCCUUUGAAAGCUUGGAUGCAGAACAUCGUGAACUUGCGCGGCAGAUGGCACACUAUAGCAACAGCUUUGCUGGGCGGCUUCUCAAACCUUGUCCAGCAUGUGGUCUGCCUACGCCCGGGCCAUAUCCAUGUCCUUGCCGGAGUCCCGCAGUGGCCCCGCCUGUUCCGUUCAGCGCUGAAAGCUGGGCGGUUGAAAAAAUUGAAGCGUCAUCACCGCAAUGGCAAACGUUUAUGCGUGGCUCUAUGCAAACUGCGCUGAGCACAGGGCAAGAGGCACACCUAGAAGCUGAGGCAAUCGCAGCCGACAUUGCUGCCCUUGUGGAUGUUAUCGCCGAGCUCAGCAAAGACGCCGUGGCAUACCUGCAUGCAUUGGAUCCAACAGGUGCAUUCAGCUUGAGCUCUGCGGCACCAAGCAAGCACGCAGACGUCGAAGAAGCCCCUGCAGCACCAGAACAAGGAGCCCUAGAACCAAAAGUGGGCGAACGCAUCAUGGUGUUGCGUCAGCCCUGGCUAAAUGCCAUCUUGGACGGAACCAAGACCAUGGAAAUUAGGUGCCGCAAGCAUCGUGCAGGCCAAGUGUGGCUGGGCAGUGGUGGCACAAUUCACGGGCGCGUCCGUAUAAUGGAUGUGGUGCAGCUCAGCGAGGAGGAUUUCAGGGCGCGUGCGGCAGAACAUCUUUGGCCGGCAGACGCAGCAUUACCCUAUGAAAAUCUUUGGGGUCUGUUGUUGGUGGAGGUCGAGAAAGUAAACCCUCCUCUUCCCUAUUGGCGGCCCCCAUCAGCCAUUGGAUGGAACGUUUACCGUGCCUCCAAGGAGGACCUGCCCAUGAAGACCUUCAGUGCAAAGGGAACCCCCAAGAGACAGGCAGAUAAGAAGAAGAGGGCGCAAGGACCCAGGAAAGCUACCCGCGUGAGCGCAGCAGAGGGCGGCCCUUUGAUAGCAUGUGUGCGACAUUGGGGGAAUGCUGCGUCGCUCGUCUUUUCAGGAGCCGUUGCUGACACGGAGCUCUGGCAAGUACAGCUUACGGGUGGGGGUCAAAAAGCAUUCGCUUUCAAUAUCUUGGCCACUGCCAAUGAAGUGCUCUUGGAACACCCAGAUGACCGCAUUCGGAGUUUGAAAGACUUGGAGGAGGUACAGCAGCUGCGACUGGUGGAUGGCAUGCCGGCCAAAACCGGACAAAAUGACCCGGACAGCGUGGGUCUGGUAGAUUGGCAACUGGCUAUUUAUAGCGGCAAAGGAGGUGUCAACGCGGCGUUAGAUUUCAUUCACUUUGUGCUCCAGAAAAAAAUCAACAAGGGUUACCUUGGCAGCCUGCCGGCAUUGCAAGCGCGCGUGAUGGCACCUGCGGCACACCAACCCCUGCCCACCCCGUGGCAAGAGCUGAGCGACGAUUCCCUGGCCAUGCCAAUGCCAUUCAGUGCCCUACCGCCAAAGGGACGUCGCCAUGUGGUCUGUCAGCUGGACCGGCAAGAAAAGGAUGCUGAUGUUGGCUACACCAUCACCUUCUUCGGUGGCAUCUAUCACUACAAACAACGGUUUGAGAAUCAGCGUGUCCAAGGUACCCUGCUCCCUGUCGGUGCUGCCAACAAGCGCGACUAUGUACGUUACUUAGAGUUUGGUGAUGUGGACGCAGCCGCCAUGCAACGUAUCACUGAUGUGCUGGAAUCCGUUUUGCUGGGGCUGCCGCUUUACUUCAUCAACGGAGCUGGACCUGAUGACCCCGUGGCCACAUGGCUGCAGCUCCAGCCAUCUAUCAUCCAAGUAGAAUUGCAUCAGGAUGCAGAGGCGCCUGCAGUACCUGCCACCGCGAUUGACACAGUGUCUGUCGACGACGACUGAGUGUCUUGGGGCGGCUUGAC